ACAAGAAAAAUCCCCUAUAAAACCCCUUGCUUAACGUGUAGCCCGCAUUAACAUUUUCGUGGACAAUAGGUAACGUCGAGCACAAGAUGUUAAAGGUUUUACCGUUGAUAGUCGGAUUUGUUCUCUUUUUGGCGUUUUCUAAUACAACCGCCGAUGUCAGCACAUUACCACAACAAAAUGGCUAUCGGGCAUUGACUAUGAUAUCGAACGCGACGGGUGGACAGUGUGCCGGUGAAUUCAGACCGUUGGACAGUUACUAUGUCAAGGACACGUACAGGACCAGAAAUUUGAACAUCAGAUUUGAAAACCGUCGUGUUCAAACGAGAGACGGAAAAGAGCGGUUGGCCAGAGUAGCUACACGAGUCGAGACCCAAACACAAGUAACAGAUCAUAACGAUAGAAGUUCGAGGUUGAGCAGAUCGACUUCCUUGCCGGACGUUCGCAGAGAGAGGAUCAUAAGGAAAGCUCUGGUGGACGUGGUCAGGUCAAUCGGUCAAGAAACUCAGCGUAGGACGGUGUUGGGAGAAACCAGGAACGAAAAAAGCAGAAUUUUGGACGGCCGUCGUACCGAAGAAAACCGCAGAGUAGACCGACACCUUAAGCGACAGCAAGACAUGAGAGUUGACGAUAAUAGACGGGAAAGACAACUGUACAGAAACGAAGGUCUAGAUGCCAGGCGACGAGUUGAGGCAGCAGACAGAAGAGAGAACACGUUCGUGUACAAGGAAGUACAAACAACGUCGUGGCCAUUUUCCAGUUUUGUUCAGUCCGCCAUCGGCGUGCUGGGUCUAUACUAUUUUGGACUCAAUAACAAAAGUGUUAAGUGAUUUCUAACGUAAAGAAUGUUUUAUGUAGUUGUCUAAACAAAUUGUAACGUUAAAAAUAAUAAUAUAGAUUAUAGCCAAAUAUUAAUUGCAAUAGAAAUUAUGAAUAUUUUAAACUCUAAAUAAAAAAUAUACUAUAAAUAAUAAGUAAUAUGUUACUUAUAACAUGGUGAUAACAAGAUUUAUUCGUAUACAGAUAACGGAAGUGAGCUUUAAAUAUUAAAAAAGUGUAUGUGUGUUACGAGGACAUGACGUCUGGAAUGUAAAAACUUCAUUCGGUAUUUUUUCGUUUUUUUGUAAAAAAACAAGUAGAUUUUAGAACAAUUUCAUACUAUUAUUAU